GCCGUCGAUUCACUUCGGCCCAGGCAACCAGCCGAGUCUUCGGCCGAGUCAGCUGGGACGGCGAGAGCGGGGCAGAGGAGAGGGGCUGGCCACCAUCUUUGGGAAGCGGGGUUCCGGUCGAGCGAGCGAGAGAGCCAGGGAGCCGACGCUCAGGACGGAGAGAAUAGAUAUUUGAAAGUAACUACACCAAACAAUUCUGCAAAACUUGCCACUAUCAUGGCAACAAAAUAUCUUGAAAAUGCUCAAGAAUAUAGAUAAAAUAAUGUUCCAUGGGAUAUGUCUGUGUCAUACUUACAAACUCUAGAAGGAGAUACUCUUCAUCUUUACAUGAUGCCAUGAAGCUCAUUGAAGUCCAGUCAUUAUCUUAUUCUUAAAAGGUUAGAUAACAGAUUGAUCAUUGGUUUACAUUUUUGCUGUACUUUAAUAUUUGAAUGCCUGUCCCACCCAGUUCCUGGAGGAUAAAGUCUGUUUCAAUUCAUUUAAAAAACUCAUUGUCACUGCUGUUGUUUGACAAGUUACAAAUGGUUUGGAUUUUUAUCAUGAAUCGGAUGAACCCGCAAAGCAGUUCUCUGACUCAGCGUAGGCGAAUGGCUCUUGGCAUUGUCAUUCUUCUUCUGGUGGAUGUCAUAUGGGUUGCCUCUUCCGAACUCACAUCAUAUGUUUUUACUAUGUAUAAAAAACCAUUCUUCAGUACGUUUGCGAAAACAUCCAUGUUUGUUCUUUACCUCUUGGGAUUCAUCAUCUGGAAACCAUGGAGGCAACAGUGUACGCGUGGAUUUCGUGGAAGACAUGCAGCUUUUUUUGCAGAUGCUGAAAAUUAUUUUGCCACUUGUACAACUGACAGUACUGUGAAUAGUUCUUUGAGUGAACCUUUGUAUGUUCCUGUAAAGUUUCAUGAUUUGCCAAGUGAAAAAAGUAGCAGCAUUAACAGUGAUGCUGAAAAAACUCCCAAAAAACCUCGUGUAAGAUUCAGUAACAUUAUGGAGAUUCGACAACUCCCAGCAAGUCAUGCACUGGAAGCAAAGCUGUCUCGUAUGUCUUACCCAACAGUUAAAGAGCAGGAUUCAAUAUUAAAAGCUGUUGGGAAGCUUACUGCACUUCAAGUAGCCAAAAUCAGCUUUUUCUUUUGCUUUGUGUGGUUCUUGGCAAAUUUCUCUUAUCAAGAAGCACUUUCAGAUACUCAAGUGGCAAUAGUUAACAUUCUGUCAUCAACCUCUGGAUUAUUUACCUUAAUCCUUGCUGCAGUGUUUCCAAGUAAUAGUGGAGAUAGAUUUACCCUCUCAAAAUUGCUAGCUGUCAUUUUAAGCAUUGGAGGUGUUGUCAUGGUGAAUUUGUCUGGAUCUGAGAAAUCAGCAGGAAGAGAUACAAUAGGGUCUCUGUGGUCUCUGAUGGGAGCUGUGCUGUAUGCGAUCUAUAUAGUUAUGAUAAAACGAAAAGUUGACAGAGAAGAUAAGCUUGAUAUUCCAAUGUUUUUUGGUUUUGUUGGCUUGUUUAACUUGCUGUUGCUUUGGCCAGGCUUCUUCCUACUUCAUUAUACUGGAUUUGAGAUCUUUGAAUUUCCCAAUAAAUUAACCCUAAUGUGCAUAGUCAUUAAUGGCCUUGUUGGAACUGUUCUGUCUGAAUUCCUCUGGUUGUGGGGCUGCUUUCUUACCUCAUCACUUAUAGGAACACUUGCCCUGAGCCUUACAAUACCUCUGUCCAUAAUUGCUGACAUAUGCAUGCAAAAGGUGCAGUUUUCUUGGUUAUUUUUUGCAGGGGCAAUCCCUGUAUUUUUUUCCUUUUUCAUCGCAACACUUUUAUGUCACUACAACAACUGGGAUCCAGUAAUGGUGGGAAUUAGAAGAGUUUUUGUAUUUAUCUGCCGAAAACAUCGUAUUCAGAGAACAUCUGAAGAAAGCGAGCAAUGUGAAAGUCUCAUUGCAGUUCAUAACGUUUCGCAAGAAGAUGGAGAAUGUGGCUGUUCUUAGGCAACAGCGAAAGAUGUCAUGAAAACUCAGCGAAGAGACAAUCACUUGGAAAGUCCUUAUGGAAUCAUGUUUCAGUACCUCUUCUGAAUCUUUAAAUGUUUCAGUUCUUUUGAAACUUAAAAAUAUACAGAUUCUUUUUCAGUUUCCAGUAUUUAACCAGUUAGAGGAAAUGCCAAUCCUUUACGAAACCAGCUUGCCUUAUAGAACUCAGCUGGUGAAAUUACUUGACAAAUCAAAGAGAAUGCUGUUCCAAUGAUUUUCUUUUAAAAAAAGAAAACAUUCAUAUUUUUGUUGAGUGCUGGAUAUUUUUACAAAUACUUUUCAUCUUCUGUAAAAAGUCAUACUUUUGUAAAAAUUUUCAAAUGGAAAGAUAAAACACUAGUUUACCUGUAAUAGGUACGAAUUAUCACUUUGUGAUGUAUAAACUCUACUUGAAUAAUGAAAAAAACAAAUUAUUGAAUAACUUUAUUAUUGCAGAAGUUAUUGUGGCUUUCAAAUACUAUACAUACGUAUCUUCAUAUAUAUGAAAGCGUUGGUAAUCAAUUGGGUGCUUUGUGAUAUCUAUUAUGUCAUAAUAAAUUCAAGAUUUAAAAAAAAUGUACAAAGAUA